CUGAAAAAGAAAAUUGAAAAAUUCAAGAUGGAAAAGGAGUCUUGGGUGGCUAAGAAAAAGAAAAAUCAAAUAACAUCUCAUUUAAUGGAUGAUGCCGUGAUUUUGAUUGAGAAACUGAAUGCAGUGGGCUGGAGGCCCAUGCUUUUUCUUGAGUACCACAACAAGGAGGUCAAGAUGCUGCUGCCAGAGGGGCUCGAAUUAAGUUCGGGAGAGAAUAUAUGUCUUAAUAACAUGAAUGCAAUCUACAGCAUGAUAGUUCAAGGAAAGAGAGUGCCAGCAGACCCUUCUAGCAACCAGGCCUCAACCAGUAAUCUGCAACUGGGUCCAGAAGAGGAGACCAUUGUUGUUUUAAAUUUAGAGUCCAUUCAAGACCCUCCACCACAACAAGAGGAGGCUCUACUGUCAACCAGCCCUGCCACCAACACCACCGAGGGGGCACAGACUGAGACAGAGGAGGCUCUUCUGUCAACCAUCCCUGCCACCAACACCAACGAGGGGGCACAGACUGAGACAGAGGAGGCUCUUCUGUCAACCAUCCCUGCCACCAACACCAACGAGGGGGCACAGACUGAGACAGAGGAGGCUCUUCUGUCAACCAGCCCUGCCACCAACACCAACGAGGGGCUAAAAAAGGACAAAACCCCCAAAAGACGCCAAAGGACAAAAGUUUCUAAAAAAGAAAAGGAUUGUCCACACAACAGCCAGGAGGUGCACGCAUAUAGAUGCGUGAUCAAAACUAGGAAGAGAAAGGGGAAGAUGGAGAAAUUGAUAGAUUGGCUCCCCUGCAAACUGUGGUGUGUUGGUUGUCUUUCAGACCAGAUACUCACAAUUAUCCACAAAAUGACGGUGUUCCAGCAGACAUACACAUAACUUACAACAAACAUACUAUAGGCUACAUGUACACACAUACAGUAUCUCACAGAAUUGAGUAAACCCAUCACAUUUUUGUACAUUUGGAUGUGCACAGUAUGUGUUUGGGAACUGGUGGUGUUCUCUGGAGUGAUUGUAAGUUAUAAACUAUUGUUGAUGCAGAAAUUUGGUUAUUUUUUGUAAUGUUAUGCACACCAUAAUCCAUGCUUGCAUAUCUGUUUGAUCUUAUUACUGCUAUCUUAAUAUUGUUUUUGUUCAUUUAUGACAUUUAUGACUUUUUAUUCAUUUGCAUUCUGAAGUAGUAAAUAUGGUUACUUGAGAUAUUGAUGCUGUAACAUUUUG